AAAAUGGACCUCAAAGAACCAGGAAUAGCCCUGCUAUCAGGGGCAAGGUGACCCAUCAGUAACCUACGAACCCUCUAUGACUCCGCAACUUCCGAUUACCAUGAAGUUUGCAUUUGAUGCAGAAAGGCAUGUGAUCCAUCCUUCCCUCUGACCCCAUAGCUGAGAUUCCAUGGCCACACAACCCUGUGGCUCCAUGUCCCCCCCAUUCCAGGAUCCUCCCUGGCCCCAUGACUUCUUGACCCCAAGGCCUCAUGUCCCCUGACCUUCCAUGUGACCUUCCUGGACUUUGACCCCUGUGACUGUGUUUCCCAUCUCCUCCUGUGACUGGCCCUGGCUACCCUUGGGGGUCUUAUUGGUCUGGGCCUCCCCAAGAAGAUGUUGGGGAGGCUUUGGCCCCUCUUCCUGAGCCUCCUCACAGCAACAGCUGUCCCUGGACCCUCCUUGCGGCGACCUUCCCGAGAACUAGAUGCCACCCCACGGAUGACCAUUUCCUAUGAAGAGCUCUCCGGGACCCGGCACUUCAAGGGCCAAGCCCAGAACUAUUCAACAUUGCUGUUGGAGGAGGCCUCUGCAAGGCUGCUGGUGGGAGCUCGAGGCGCCCUGUUCUCUCUCAGUGCCCAUGACAUAGGAGAUGGGGCUCACAAAGAGAUCCAGUGGGAGGCCUCCCCAGAGAUGCAAAGCAAAUGUCAUCAAAAAGGGAAAAACAACCAGACCGAGUGUUUCAACCAUGUCCGGUUUCUACAGCGGCUCAAUGCCACCCACCUUUAUGCAUGUGGGACUCAUGCCUUCCAGCCCCUCUGUGCAGCCAUUGAUGCUGAGGCCUUCACCCUUCCAACCAGCUUCGAGGAGGGGAAGGAGAAGUGUCCUUAUGACCCAGCCCGCGGCUUCACAGGCCUCAUCAUUGAUGGAGGCCUCUACACAGCCACACGGUAUGAAUUCCGGAGCAUUCCUGACAUCCGCCGGAGCCGCCACCCACAUUCUCUGAGAACUGAGGAGGCACCAAUGCACUGGCUCAAUGAUGCUGAAUUUGUGUUCUCUGUGCUGGUACGGGAGAGCAAGGCCAGUGCAGUGGGUGACGAUGACAAGGUUUACUACUUCUUCACGGAGCGUGCUGCUGAGGAAGGCUCCAGCAGCUUCACUCAGAGCCGCAGCAGCCACCGUGUGGCCCGUGUGGCCCGUGUGUGCAAGGGAGAUUUGGGAGGAAAGAAGAUCCUGCAGAAGAAGUGGACAUCCUUCCUCAAGGCUCGUCUCAUAUGUCACAUUCCACAGUAUGAGACACUGCGUGCGGUCUGCAGCCUGGAUGCUGACACCUCCGCCCGCACACACUUCUAUGCCACUUUCACACUGACCACACAGUGGAAGACCUUGGAGGCCUCAGCCAUCUGCCGCUAUGACCUGGCUGAGGUGCAGGCUGUCUUCGCGGGGCCCUACAUGGAAUACCAGGAUGGUGUCCGGCGCUGGGGCCGCUAUGAGGGUGGGGUGCCUGAGCCCCGGCCUGGCUCGUGCAUCACAGAUUCAUUGCGUAGCCGAGGCUACAACUCAUCCCAAGACUUGCCAUCCCUGGUCCUGGACUUUGUGAAGUUGCACCCACUGAUGGCUCGGCCUGUGGUACCCACACGUGGACGCCCCCUGCUGCUUAAACGCAACGUGCGCUACACACACCUCACAGGGACACCCGUCACCACACCUUCUGGAGCCAUCUAUGACUUGCUCUUUCUGGGCACAGCUGAUGGCUGGAUCCACAAGGCCGUUGUCCUGGGCUCUGGGAUGCACAUUAUCGAAGAGACACAAGUGUUCAGGGAGCCCCAGUCUGUGGACAAUCUAGUCAUAUCUCCAAUGCAGCAUAGCCUCUACGUGGGGGCCCCUAGUGGAGUUAUCCAGCUACCACUGUCCAGCUGCUCCCGCUACCGUUCCUGCUAUGACUGCAUCCUAGCACGGGACCCCUACUGUGGCUGGAACCCCAGCAUCCAUGCCUGCAUGGCAGCCACCACCACAGCCAACAGGUCCCAGAGUAGCAGGACAGCAGUGAUACAGGACAUAGAGAGAGGAAACAGAGGCUGUGAAGGCAGCAGGGAUACAGGGCCACCACCACCACUGAAGACCCGUUCUGUGCUCCGGGGUGAUGAUGUCCUUCUGCCUUGUGACCAGCCAUCCAACCUGGCCCGUGCUUUGUGGCUACUCAAUGGGAGCAAAGGCCUAAGUGAUGGGCAGGAUGGCUACCGUGUGGGCGUGGAUGGGCUGCUAGUGACAGACACACAGCCUGAGCACAGUGGAAACUAUAGCUGCUAUGCAGAGGAGAAUGACCUCCGUACCCUGCUGGCUUCCUACAGCCUCACAGUCCGGCCUGCCACUCCUGCCCCAGCUCCACAAGCCCCUGCCAUGCCUGGGGCACAGCUGGCACCAGACGUGAGGCUGCUCUAUGUGCUAGCCAUUGCUGCACUUGGUGGCCUCUGCCUCAUCCUGGCCUCCUCCCUCCUCUAUGUUGCUUGUCUUCGGGGAGGCAGACGAGGACGCAGACGGAAAUACUCACUGGGUCGGGCUAGCCGGGUAGGGGGCUCUGCUGUGCAGUUGCAGACAGUCUCAGGCCAAUGUCCUGGAGAGGAAGAUGAGGGUGAUGAUGGGGAGGGGGCUGGGGGCUUGGAGGGCAGCUGCCUCCAGAUCAUCCCUGGGGAGGGUGCCCCAGCUCCACCGCCCCCACCACCUCCACCACCACCGACUGAGCUGACCAAUGGGCUGGUGGCACUACCCAGCCGGCUGCGGAGGAUGAAUGGCAACAGUUAUGUGCUCCUGAGGCAGAGCAACAAUGGAAUGCCAGCAGGGCCCUGCUCCUUUGCUGAGGAACUCAGCCGCAUCUUGGAGAAGAGGAAGCACACGCAGCUCGUGGAACAGCUAGAUGAGAGCUCUGUUUGAGCCCAGCCUCCGGAACAAAUUCUCUUCCAAGCCAGCCUGUGUGCCCCAGGCUGGGCUGCUGCCUCCCCAACAUAGCCACUCUCCUUCACACCCCCUACUCCAUGCCCUUCUCCCACCUUUUUGAUGUCUCUGUAGGGCUGGCCAGUCAGGCCCAGCCUAAGCCCCUUUCUCAGUCUCCAAGACCUAUGUGUGAGCAGCCCAGGCCAACCGGUGCUCCUCAGAGGUAGGUGCUCCCUGGGGACCAGGUGCUCUGCUGAUCCAGACACAGUUCCUAUUCCCUUAACCUAAAUGCUUGGGAGGAGAGUACUUACUCCAUCCUCUGCUUCCAUUAUCUGCCCAACCUUUCCUUUCUCCCAGGUAGGGCUCUGCAGAUCCAGAUGGCCUCAAUGUCACCACCCUCUGCAUGGCCCUGUUUGGUAGAUCAUCCUGAAGCCAGAUAAGACCUCUGCUAGCCACCUGAGCCCUGCAUACAUUCACAUGUGCUCAUGGAAGAAUGUUCAUCAGCUGGGCUGCAGUGCCCCACCCCACCCUACCCUCUCCUGCUACAUUCUUGUGUUUCAUCUCUUCUUCUGGAUUUGGGGUACCCUUCCAAUUGUCACAUCCCUGUCUAGUUAUCUUCCCCAGUCCCCCCUCCCCGCCCCCACAAUGUGUUGAUGCCAUUGGCAAGAGCUUGGGAUCAGGCCAGCCUGGGAGAUAAGACUGCAUCAUUCCCCUCUUCUGCCUUCCUGUGCAGCCCUUGUGAGUCUGCCUCCCCACUCCCCUUGGUCACACCGAAGAGCAACAGAGCUCUAGGCAUGUCCUUUCCCUAUGCAUAUGUGGUAACACACCCACAUCACAUGUGCUUACAUUUCCACCCACGUGCACCUCUGAGCCUCCCCUUGCUGCCUUGGACCUGUGUCUGUCAGGCUUGGUCCAUGGACAUUUCAAAGGGAGAUCCCCCUCCCAUUUAGCUGUCUUUGCCGACCCUUCCCUAGGACGGGUGACCAACACUGCACUCAAUGAGCCAGCUUCCCUUUUGGGGACCAAGCAUUUUCUCCCCCUCAGCCACAGCAGGGAGAGAAGAGGACUGAUGUCUCACCUGGCACACUAAGCCCGUUCUUGGAACUAUGCAAAGGGCAGAGGCUGGGAGUUUGGAUGCUUGGCUCCCACCCCUGUCCUACCUCACCGGGACACUUUCAGAGUCCAGGGGCCUCUGAAGUCUUCAGGCCCAUAUGGGACAAUCAAUUCUGAGCUCCCCCAUUCCCAUUGGGUGAGGAUGACUGUUAUUUUUGUAGCUGAGAACGUGGAAUCCCACGGGUUUUUACUGCCCUUCACCCAACCUCUCCCACCUCCACCCCACAAUGAAUGUAUUUAUUGUGAGAACGGCUGCAGUUCUUUAGGAAUGUCCCCACUCAUCCCCAGGUGGGUGGAAUAGGCAUGUGAGAGUGGGGAGCCUGGGCUCAGCUCCUCCCCCAAUGCUGGUUAAUAAAUAUCUUUUUUCCCCACA